AUGCCACCCCAGCCAAUAGAACACAAAUUCAAGAUUAUUAUGGCUGCAAUGUCACAGUUUUCAAGUAACGAAAAAGAUAUUUUGCCAGUUCCUAACUACACCAUUCUCGCAGAACAACUCGGAUUGCCUAGUUAUGCUUCUGCGCAAGGAGUAUGGAAACGACUCACGGACGAACUCAAAGAGGGAGCGAAGGGAGAUCUUAAGAUUCGCGAUCCGGAAGCAGACAAAAAAAAGAAGAUUGCUGUCCAGCAACACAAAGAAGAGUCUCCAGUCAAGAAACGAGCAGCUGAGGAGUCGGACACAAUGGCUAACGACAUCUGGACCUAUACAGACCUACAUGGACAACUAAAGAAUUAUUUGAUCCUAGAUGUUCACUUAUUAUCUUCAAUCUCAUUCUCAUCUCCACAUCCGUCGAUACCAUACUUCUCCUCCAAUUCCACGACAAUAACAUCCGACCACAAAUCCUCAAAUCAAAUUAGCACAAAUCACCUCAAUAUGUCUGCAAGUCCGAGUGUCGACGACCUCAAGAUGCUCAUUGCAGUACUGGUACAAUGCGCCCCUGAAAACAAACCCCUUCCCACACCUGACCACUUGAGAUUGGCAGAAGCCCUUGGCCUUCGCGACCGAAUAGUCUCCAAGAAUAAAUGGUCUACACUCAUGAGGAAAUUCAGAGAUGGAGAUUUUGGAGAUAUGGGGGGUCUUAUUGCUUCGAAGGAGCCUAAUGAAGCCGCGACAAGGAAACGACCAGUAGUCGAGGUACCUGUUGAGGGGUAUAUGGACAAGCCCCCGCCUUCUCCUACCAAGAAAGUCAAAGGUGUCCAGAAAGUGGGAAAAGCAAAGGGCAAUCAAAAGAAGGCCGUGAAGGAUGAGAUCUGA